GUUAGGUGACCUGCAACAUUAUAAAAAAGGACCAAAUCCUCCUUGUUUCUUCACUCCUUUCUGCCCUUGUAGUUUUUGCACCUAUUUCUCCCCUUUGCUCUCAAUUUCCAUCUCCAAACUCUCCCAUGACUAUUGAUUCAAAAUCUUCCUUCUCCAACUCAAAUGGGUUUGACCUCACUGACGAGGCUUUUGAUCAAUCUAACAUCCAUUCUCCCAGCGCAGACUUCAGGUCUGCCUCCCUUAUUGGUACUAUCAAUGGGUUGAUUAGCUCUCAACCUCAUAGUCCCAGUCAGAGUCUCACCACCGACUUCCUCCCUCCAACCAACCUAUUGCAAACUAAUCAGCAUCAAAAAUUGCCCGUUGGCCCUAGAAGUGGCCAGCUUGCCUUUACCACCGGGAUCAGAGCACCUUACCUUGGAUUGCCAAGGGUUCAUUUUCAAACUCUGGUUGAUCGUCAUCAGUACAACCAUCCCGGUCUGACUGAGAUCUCUGUGACAGAGAUCAAAACAACUGGGCUUCUUACCCCAACUUCUGUUGCGGACCACUUUCUGCAGCCUUCUGGUAUUAGCUCCACCAGAGCCUAUGAUGAUGUUUAUCAGGUCUCUAAUGCCGCUGCCAACCGCCUUAUGUUGGCUAUGGCUAAUCGCGAUGAUGAUAAUCCUUAUAAUUAUAUGAGAAAUAUCCCCCAAACACAAUCAAUACCCAGCCAGCAAUUUCUCAAUCCUAUGCCUGACAUAGAUGGUCCGUCCUUUCGACAAGCACUGGUCCAAAAAUUUGAUCUUAAUGAAGUGCCACCCAGGGAUGACCAGUCUUUGCCACUAGCACCUAGAGAAGUUCUCAAUCCUGAAGCUGUCAGCGUCUAUGUCCCUAAUGAUCGCAGAGAUCAACAAAAACCUGAUGAGGCCGCUAGGGGUCAUAGGCCUGGGAUGAGGGUUCAUGCUAAUAGCAACCAAGUGAAUGGAGAGCCUAGCCAGCCAGCUGGAGGGGUUGAUCAAUCUGAUCACAAUGUCGUUGGACGUGAUGGAAGGACACAUAGCCUUCCUAGCAGGAAAUAUGGUCCAUACAAGUGCCCCUGGCCUAGAUGCAUGCGUGUCCUCCCUACAUCUAGGCGAUUUGCAGCGCACACUCUGUCGCACUACGCGCAUGAGACUGCUGCCCAGAGGAAAAGGAGGCGGAUGGAGAGGAGCAGAAAUGUGCGUCUCCGUGCCAGCCACCACAUCGCCCAUGGAUCCCCGGUUUGGCCUAUGGAGGCAGCAGGGACGCUGCAGCGGCAGAGGAGAAGGGAAGUUGUGAAUAUUGAGGCCGAGGAGAGUGCAGGUGAGAACGAGCCGGAAAUGCAGCUGGUUGUUCAUGAUGACGCAACAUCGUCAGCUGUUGGGGAGUCAUCUCUUGGUGUUAAGAUUAAGCGGGAGCCAGAGGAGCCAGAAUUUAGUUCUACUAAUUAGGGAGAAAAGUUUAGUAUCUGUUGGUCAAGUUGGAUAUCGUCUCAGUCUCAUCGUUUCCUUUGAUAAAAUUUCAACUGCGUUUCUCCCUAUUUUGACUAGCAGUGUGAUUUUAUUUAUGAAAACUUUUGUUAUAAUUAUAUUCAAAUAAAACUUUAAUUGAGUU